UUUUUUCCCACAAACUUGUGUAAUUGAUAAGAAGACGGCGCUCGCGGAAACUAUUUUAUUCAUGGUUAAAUAUGCGUGCUGUGGUUGGUGUUUUUAAGAGUGCAUUGAGAGCCACAAACUAUGCUGCUGUUGACAGAGUUGAAGGGUUUGCUAGACCGCUGCAGCUGCGAAAGUUCGGAGCUGCCGCCUCCUCGCCGGCUUGCUGGAAUUGCGAAAGGAAGUCGGUGCUGAAGCAGCACAUGAUCUGCUCGGACUGCGGACACCUGCAGGACGUGGAUGCGGCCAUAAACUACUUUGAGCUGCUGAGCUUUCCCACAAACUUCAACCUGGAGGGGCAGCAACUGACGCAGCGUUUCCGCCAGCUGCAGACCCUGGUGCAUCCGGACAAGUUCAGCAACAAAACCUCCCGAGAGCAAACCAAUUCCGCGGACUGGAGCUCCCUGAUAAACAAGGCCUACAAGACACUCGCCACGCCGAUAGAGCGCGGCCAGUACCUGCUGCAGCUGGAGGGGCAGCAGAUGCCGCAGGACAACAGUGCGCUCAACAAGGAGUUCCUCAUGGCCAUGAUGGAGCGCAACGAAGAGGUGGAGGAGGCGCAGGACAGCGCUGCACUCGCGGAACUCAACUCACAGAUUGUGCGGGAGCUGGAGGCAAUGACCAAGAAGUUGGGCAGCCAAUUCGAGGCCAAGGAUCUGGCCGGCGUCACGGGCACCCUCGUGGAGAUGAAGUAUCUGCUGAGCAUCCAGGCGAGCAUCAAACAGAAGCAACAAAGCUUGUUGGGCAGCUGAAAUUCCGAUUGCACGGCCAGUGCAGCAAUCGAUACUCGAUAACCACACACCUCUGCCUGCCGAUCAGCUGAUAGGAAAAGUUGGCAAAAAAUAGAAGAUAGAAACAUAAGCAG